GAUUCCGUGAUAAAUGUAGAAAGUUCUGCUAAAUCUAAGGCACCAACGUCGAAUCCUAUAAUUAAGGCUGUAGAUAAUAAUAAAGGGGGGAACGUUGGGGGGGAUGUUACGCAUGGAAAUGUUAACAGUGGCGCAAAUAAUUCUAACAAAAGUCAAGUUACUCCCGAUGGUGCUGUUUCUGUUGAUGGUCUGAAACAUCCUUCCGAUACUAUAGAAGAUGAUCCACGUACUGAUAAAGGUUCCGAGAAAGGGGAUACUAGAGUUGCGGAAACUGUUAAGGGUGUUGAGGAGGGGAUGCCGUCCAAAGUAACUAACCAUGAACAUGGUAUAGUUACAACGAAUGAUCCUAGUGCAAGUGGCUCUUCCGCUUCCAGUUCAAGCACCAUUGGUACUGGUGAUGCCUCCGAUUCUGUGGACACUGGCAUUGGUUCCACUACUGUCGUCACUGCGGAUGGACAUGCAGAAGAUGGUAAGGGUGGUGACACUUUCCCAAAUGGGGAUAGUACAGGGAUCCCUAUGGAGACUCUUCACCCAGGUGGCGUUGGUGGAAUGGGUGGAAAUAUGCAUGAUUCUGCUACAUUCAGCUCCUUCCCGGAUAACAAUUCACCCAAACUGACACACGGAUCUCCAAACCCACAUCAAGCGAGCGGUACCUCCGGUUCGUACAAUCCGGAUGAUAACAGCAGUACCACUGUUGACCUAGCUACUGUUUCGGAAGAUGUUUUUAGACCAGAUUAUGGUAACCAACGUCGUAAUACUAUAAUCAGGGAUCCUGAGCAACCGGAUGCUCUCAACCCAACUCGUGAAGCGGAUUAUUUGGGUUCCCUUGCUGGCGAUACUGGUGAUACUGGUGCUGCUGAUGAAGCCGGUGCUUCUGGCUACGUUUCCCUUGCUCCCGCUGGAAAAGAUGCUGAAGUUGAUAAUGGCACUGAUACGAAACCUGGGGAUGAUAGUGAAGAAGUUAAUACACGGCAUAUUACAGAGGUUCCAGGUACACAAAGCACAGAUGAUAGCCGACAGGGCCCACCUAAGGCACAAAUUGACAUAGAGAAAGAUGCAGAAGCAGAAGGAGCUAGUGCUACACCUCCUAGACAAGCUGUUGGUAUUUCUCCUAGUGUAUAUGGUGUUUCUGCACCUAACAGUAGACACAGUGAGGAUGGAACUUUGCUAAGUACAACUGAAAGUUUAGAAUCAAACGGAAAUGUAUAUAGAACUACGAGUGAACCAACCCAGAUUUUUAACAAUAAAAAUGGAAGUAUCGAAAUGGAUUUGCAGAAUCAUGAUUUUGAAAAUGAUGAUAUGUGGAAUGAAGAAAUCAAUUCUGAUCAAACUAUAGAUAUAGCAGAACAUCACGAGGAUAGUAACAAAAAUGAUAAUACAGAAAUGAGAAAGCAUAUAAGUAAAGGUGCUUUUACGAAAGAUCCAAGUAGCAACCACUUGAAUAGCCUUAAUAAUUUGAGUAAUGUUAAAUUGGAUAUAAAAGGAUACGAACAUAGAGAUGUCAAUGCAACAAGGCAAGAAAUUAUAUAUCUGUCUGAAGUACACAAGUGCGAUAAUAGUAUUUCUCUAAUGUACUGUAAAUAUAUUGAAGACAGGAUGUCAUCGAGCAGCUGUUCUACAGAGAAAAGUAAAAAUUUGUGUUGUUCAAUAUCGGAUUUCUGUUUGAAAUAUUUUGUGGUUGCUUCUGAUGAGUAUUUUAAUUGCAUGAAAAGGGAAUUUGAAGAUCCAUCAUACAAGUGCUUUACAAAAGGGAGCUUUAGAGGUAUGUACAAAAUGAUGAUAAAUAGACGAGCAUGUUAUGUAAAUAAGAAGAAAUUGAGUUUACGAAUUUUACAAAAAUUUUUGUAA